AUGAGAGGUCGUCGGCCGGACGACAAAUCUGCCUAUUUCACCAUCUAUACAUACCCCAUUGGGAAGAAAACACUCGGAGGAACCAGGAUUAGGCAGAGAAAGGUAAUAGUUUUUCGGGUGACGCACCAUGAAACGUUUGAAGCAAAUAUGGCGAUUGCUGAUAAGUGGUGGAUGGCUAUUCACAUGCUGCUUCGAGGUGUACAAAUCACUACAGAACAAGAUAUUAAAAAAAGCAGACUUCCGUCCGUAAAGAAAUUGCUGCUGUUAGUCAAUCCUCAUAGUGGUAAAGGAAAAGCUGUCACACUGUUUCGAGAACGAGUCGUUCCUUUGUUGGGAGAAAGUGGCAUAAAUUACCAUCACAUCAUUACAGAAUAUCAGGGACAUGCUCAGGAUAUAGUAAAAAACUUGAAUCUGAAAGAAUGGGAUGGUAUUAUCAUUGUAUCCGGUGAUGGACUUUUGUAUGAAGUAAUUAAUGGAAUAAUGGAACGGCCAGACAGGGAUGAAGCGAUAAAGACACCUGUUGGCAUAUUGCCCUGUGGGUCUGGUAACGCUCUCAGUGCUGCUUUACUAAUGGAACCAAUGACAAAUAUAGUGUUACACUGUACAUUUUUGAUGUUGAAAGGGCGCCCUCAACCAAUGGAUCUUGUUGUCGUGCAGAAUGCGACAACUACAAUGUACUCCUUCUUGUCUGUUUGUUGGGGAAUCGUUUCUGAUGUUGAUAUAGAAAGUGAAAAGUUCAGAAGAUUAGGACCACCUCGCUUCACGAUUGGUGCUGCAACCAGAAUUGCUAAAUUGAGGUCCUAUCGGGGAAAGUUGUCAUUUUUGAAGGCUGAAGAUUAUGUUGCGCAGGAAGCUAUCGAUUUUCAGAAUGGGACUCAUGUGGAUGAGUGCUGCUUUUGUGGUCUUAAUGGGGCUCAUGCUGGGAACUGUGGCAUCAAAAGUCAAAACAGUGUUGUGCCGAUAAGUGCAGAAAGAAGACAUUAUGACCGACAUUAUAGUAGCAGCAGUGAUUCAAAUGAGGACAUCCUCCCACACAUGACCAGAUCGCAGUCAGAGAUCCUUCCAAAUGGCAGAACAAUGGACCGUUCUUUGUCGUAUUCUGAUCAUUUAAUGAGAGUUGACUUGCUGGAGGAUUCUUCCGAUACCCUUAAAAUGGGAGAUGAACUUCCUUCACCCAAUAGCAAUCAAAUUGAACUGUCAACAGAUGAAAUUAGGUCAACCCAAGAAGAUGGAGCAUCUGAAGAAAGGCAUCUUCUGCCACCUCUUGACCAACCAUUACCUUCAAACUGGACAACAAUUGAAGAUGACUUCGUAAACAUCUCUGCUGUAUAUCAAAGCCAUCUCAGUACAGAUGUUCAUUCUUGGCCUGAUCAUAAAUUUGACGAAGGUGUUAUUUGCUUACAGUACAUUCCGGCUCCGAUAUCGCGCAAGAAUCUAAUAAGUAUGUUUUUGGAUUUGGAAAGUGGCCUUCAUAUCAAGCAUUCAGGUGUAAUAGUAGAGUACGUCAAAGCAUUUCGAAUUGAGCCAAUAACCAGCGGGGAGAUUAUGACUGUUGAUGGCGAGCUUGUCCCGUAUGGACCGAUACAAGGGGAAAUAUUACCUGGAAAAGCUAGAGUAAUAGUCUAA